AAAACCGAACUUUUCUGCAUCUUGGUGAGGUUAUUUCUUGACGGGUAUGAGUAAGAGAAACCCCUUUGCCUUAAAUCUCUUAAGCUUUUUGUUUUCGUGAUCUCAGUUUCUUGAGGGAAUCGAAGUGAAAUGGGAAUCCGUUCUCGUGUCUACAAGUUAAUUGCUGUUAAUUGCGUAUAUUCAUUUCAUUCCCGGAACGUGCUUUAAUUUGUUAUCCCUUAAAUGGUCGGUCUGUUCAGAAGGCGACAAUUUUCAUUCCUAAUUUAAUAAAAACCAAGACUGCAAAUCAACCCUAUUGGUCAACCAGCUGUCUUUGGAAAAAAUGGUUUUUCCAAAUAUUUUAAUCAAUCUCUUUAUGGUUUGUUUAGCUGGCAUUGUGAACCUACCGGGAGUAGUCUGGCUCAGUUGUGAAUUUAUGCUGCGUUGAUUAGUCCGGAAUUACAGCAGGGCAGUGACGUGCUUGGAAAAUAAGCAUUCGGCAUUGCACGCUGAGUUAAAGAAUAUCCAUGAGCUAAGUCCAGCAACAAUCACACGAACCGAGGCAGACGGAACAGAAAGUCUAUCGAAAGAAGCUAAAGCAUUGUAGGAAACCGCUUGAGAUUAUCACUGCUACCUUAAUAUGCCUGAAUUUUACAAGGAGUCAGCUAACAGCACGGAUAGCGACAAAGCCGAUGGGCUCGCAGCUGUGGAGAUAAUCCAGCUCGUGCUUUAUUUCGCGAUCAUCAUUGUAGGCUUGGUGGGCAACAGCAUGAUCAUCGUCACCCUUCUUGGUCGACAAGCGCGCAGAGUCGGCGAAUAUCUCAUCUUAAACUUGGCAGUGACGGAUUUUGCCACUUGCGCCAUAAGCAUUCCAUUCGACUUAGCAGAGCGCCUGUCGGGUGGCUUUCCUUUUGGUUCAAUUCUCUGUUACAUGGUCUACCCAUUUCAGACCGUUUUAAUGGCCGUCUCUGUCAUCACUCUAUUAUCUAUGAGCCUUGAACGACAUCGAGUUGUUAUGACCCCACUUCGCCCGCGCGUUCUUCCAAGAACCGCCAAGCUAGCCAUCGGCGUUUCGUGGAUUGUUCCCGCAGUGGUGAUAAUCCCUUACGUUCUGGUGCUGCGACUCGAGGGGAAACAAUGCAUGGAAAAAUGGCCCGAGGACUGGUACGUUAAAGUUUUCACUCUAACCAACUUUGCAACGUUCUAUGUAGUCCCUCUCACGGUCAUCGCUUCCUCCUACAUUCGCGCAGGGAGAAAAAUUCGCAGAGAGCUGGACAAGCUGGAGCACGUGGUGGACUGUCAUCGAUCUCAAGUGCAAUACACGAAGAAACGUACUCUGCAGAAGAUGAGGAUUACUAAAGUGUUCAUUGUUGCAGUAGGAGCGUUUUUGAUUUGCAUGCUUCCAACGCACGCCGCAUGGAUUUGGCACGAUUUUGGAAAAGGCUGGAAAAGUGAAUAUUUCCAAGACGUUCUGAUCUUCAGUAACAUUCUAAUGUACGCGAAUAGCGCGUCGAAUCCUUUCAUUUUUGGCUCUUUAAGAAACUUUUCACUGUCAAACUGUCUGGGUUGCUGUUGGAAAGGUUCAGGGGAAGGUCGUAGAGUCGGUUGUGUUUACGAGCUUCGUAUUGGCUCCUCGCAUCUUCAUAUCGGCAGAGAAAUGGCAUUGAGGGGACAGAACCAAGCUGUCGCAUUGCUCAAAAAAGCGAACGCUCAUCGAGUUAAGUCUGCGAGUGUAUGAACCAGUAGCAAUGGUAACUGUUUUGAUUGAAUUUCCCAAGUUUGCUUUGAAUUUGCAUUGCUGGGCUCUGAAACUACUUUUAACUGGAAACCUUCCCUCUCCACCGUAUAUUAAACGAUCAGAGCACGAAACAGGCUGAUAUUUGGGACCAGUAAUGGAACCUGUCAGAUGUUAAACGAAAGCUAAUCGUGACUUGUUUUCGGGCGUUUUCCCGCGCUUGUACCAGUGACAUGUUUUGGAUUCUAGUUUUGAUUGAUUCGUUGUAUAAUCUUCUUUUGUCAGUUAACUAUCGGAUUGGAAGGAUGUGAUUUUCCUGGCUUUUGUCUAAGGACAGUCAUAGGAAAACUGCUAUAUGAACAAAGUCCGCAGUGAAAGAGUUUCAUGUCGGCAGAAAAACAGGAGAACAUGUAAUUAGCAUAUUAUAAUUAUCUUGAUGAUUGCCAAUGUCUUUGUCGACCAUUUCCCUCAACCUGCGAUAUUUAAAUUUUAGAUGAUAUUUUAUCUUCAUGGAUGUAGCUUGUAACAGGCGAACCAAAGCACUUGCCUCGGUAAAAAUUUAGACAUUAUAUUUUAAUUCAAGUUACCGCAAGAAAUAAUAAAAUAAACUGUCAAAGAAACAUUUUCUCUGAUAUUGCUUCGGUAAGAAUUUUAGUCUGGCUGCUGGGCUGUGAUCUUGACUUUUUUGUAUUCUCGAUUUAAAGUUUAUGUAGAGUAGUGAAAGUUCCCUGUUCUUGUCGGCGUUGGCUGUUUAUCUAAAGAAAUCCUGUCCUGAUAUCUCUCCUCAAAAUGCACAACCUAACUUUUAAUUACAGCUGUAAUUAUCUUAUUUGUUCAUCUAUAUGUUUUUGUUUUUGUUUUUAUAUUUUCUCCUGGAAACUGGUUUAAUAUAAUUAAUUUGAUUAAAUUAAGUGUAAGACGAUCGUCGGUGGACAUUUCCGAGGAAACUUGGAAAGUUUCUUUGUGUUUCUUUGUGGUCAUAGCUUUAAGGCCAGAAAAACUGACUCCUUUCUCGGUUUUAAAAUGAAAUAAAUUCACAGCAGUUUACAGUAGAACCCCAUUAAUACGUUAUUAACGGGGUAGAGUCAAAUUUCAUGACUGGUCUAAACUGAGUUAUUUUGUGAGGAGAGAAAAUCAGAUAAGUUAGUAUGUUUUACCUAUUUGCUUUCGCUAUCACAAAAUAUAGAAAUCCAACGUAGAUAUAUUAGUUUUAGUUCGUUGAGCGACCCAGGAACCUGUUAUCACAAUUUCUUAACAGAUAUAUUGCAAUUGUACUUCUAAACAUCUGUUUGUUGAUAAGCAUCUGGAAUGCAGAUAUAAUUUAACAAAAAUUGAAUCUUCAAUCAGUUCAUACAAUAUUAACAAUGGAAAGAUGAACAUAACUGGUUAGAAAGGCAGCAUGAACGGUGCAAAAUUAUAAAGGAAGUUGGGAUUUCAAAAUGUGACCGUUGGCCGUAUUAACGGGGUGGCUGCGUUAAUGGUUUCUUUUUGAUAAGAAAAUGUAUGGGCGAUUCGCCGGGACAAAAAAAAGUGGCCGUAAUAACGAGUUGAACGUAAGGCGGGGUUCCACUGUAUUUUAAGGUAAAUUCUAAUAUAUAUAAUCAGAAAAACAACUGGCGCAUCUGUAACUAACAUUAAAAAAAGUAACUCAGUUGUUUCAUUUAUCUAGACCACGAGUAGUCCCUCUGUCGCUUAGUCCGUCGAGCGUGACGCGAAAG